AGCCCAUUUCCUUCUCUCCCUUCUCUCUCUUCGCCGCCCUCCCCUCCGCGCCCCCGAUGCUCCUGUGCCCAAGUGGAGGCGGCGGCGCCUCUCCCCCCGAGCCCAAGCGGCGGCGGUGGCACCCUCCCCCCGAGUGACGGCAGCGGCGGCGCCCUCCCCCAAGCAGCGGCGGCGGGGGCGGCGCCUCUCUCGCCGAGCCCAAGCGGCGGCGGUGGUGCCCUCCCCCACAAGCGGUGACGGCGGCUCCCCCACCACUGGCGGCGCGGCCACGUCCUCCCCCACCACCGGUAGCGCGGCGGCGUCCUCCCCCACCACCGGCGGCGGCCGGGGCAGCGGCGCCUGUGGAGGCGUCGGCGGCCCGCCGGCGUCCUAGCGGCGGCGGCACCCCUCCCCUCCGCCGGAUCCAGCGGAAGGGGAGCUGCGGCGCCUGGUGUCCCUGUGAUGGCGGCGGUUGCUCGACGGCAACCUCCCCUUUGAUCUUUUUUUUUGGAUAUAUUUGUGUGUAUAGUGCUUCCUCCGAUUUUAUUUUAUUUGUGUGAUUGAUUGAAUUCUGAUUGGGUAUUUUUUUUAGGUGGGGGUGAUGGAAUUCUUACUGGGAUUUGGGGGGAGGCAAGGGUGACGAAAAAAUCACCGCACCUAUCAGGCAACGAAUGGAAAAAUACGAAUAUUUAUAUUAGUUAUAGAAAUGUCGGCAACAACCUAACCAUCGAAAAGAAAUAAAGUACUAUAAACCUCCCUAGGCUUGUAAAGACCUAAAAACUACUAGGCCACUUAGGCUGAGUUCGGCACUUCAUGUUCACAAACCCACCUCUUUCGUUUUUCGUGCGUACACUUUUCAAAUUACUAAACGGUGCGUUUUUUAAAAAAAAAUUAUAUACGAAAGUUGCUUUAAAAAGUCAUAUUGAUUCAUUUUUGAAAUAAAUUAGCUAAUAUUAAAUUAAUUACGUGCUAAUAGACCAUUCCAUUUUAGUGCAGGAGGGUUUAGUUCCAAUCCUGCACUACCUAACACAGCCUUAAUUGGUUUCUUCCAUCCUUUGUGAGAGCAAGUUUAAUAGUAUAGCCCACUGCUAUCUCCAAAUCAUCUAUAAACAACGUAAUAGUCAAUUCAUACAAUAGUUGCUUGCUAUAUUAUUAAUAUCUGGUCCCACCUGUCUAUACACAUUACGUCUUGAAGUUCGUGCUGCAGCGGGCUACAGAUCAUACACAUUACAUCUUGGAGUCCGUACUGCAACUGGCUACAGAUCUAUAGCCCGCUGCUUUUCUCUCUUUUUAAAAUGGUAAAAUUGGUUAUAUAAUAUCGAAAGUAUAUUUAUAGUUGGUUUGUACAUGCUUUGAGCAGCUCGAACUCGAUAUGGAUCAUUGAGACCAGUCGUCAUGUUGGGACAUUGUAAAUGCCCUCGCACUAUACUGGAGAAUCUAGAACGGACGGUAGGGCCUUCCUCGCACUGACGCACGAACCGACAAAGGUGUGGUUUUAUUCUGGUUAUCAGGUGUUACCACCACGUCAAGAUGACUGGACGGAUGAGAUGGCCCCGCCACCACCGCCUGCGGCCCAAGUCGUCCGUCCGUUCCGCCCGCGUUUUCUCAAGUUUCCCCCCCUCCUUUCCACAUUUAUCUCACCCAGACCAGACGUGCCGUGCUUCUCGUCUCGCAUUCAAUGCCCCUAACCCCACUCCGCUGCCUAUUGUCAACGCCCACGCAUCACUUAUACACGCGCACCAUCCAUCUCUUUCCCAUUGUCCCCGUCCGUAUACUAGAGGUACUUGUUCUUUUCCUUCUUCGCGAAGCAGGGAUGAAGCUGGUGUGGUGCCCGGAGAUGGCGUCCAAGGCGUACAUCGACGGCGUCAGGGCGCUGGCCGGCCACGACCUGGCCGGCGCCGCGGCGGACGUGGCGGAGCUCGUGUCGGCCAUGGCCGGCGGCUGGAACGCGCGGCUCAUCGUCGAGGCGCCGGACUCCGCGGCUCCGGCGGCAGCCGCCACGAGCCUCGCGCUGGCCGCAGCCGCGCGGCGCACGGGCGGGCGCUACGCCCUCGUGCUGCCGGACCGGGAUGCUGCGGCGGCCUCGGCGGCGGAAACGGCCGAAGUCGUUGUCGGGGAGGCGGACGAGGCGAUGGCGGGGCUACACGGCGUGGACCUCCUGGUGGUCGACGCGCGGAGGAGGGACGCGGCGGCGGUGCUCAGGGCAGCCAGGCCCGGGGCCAGAGGUAUGGUGGUGGUGCGCCACGGCGACGGGAGGCAGCGCGGCGCCAAGGACCUGGCGGCGUCCAUGGCGGCGGGGACGCGGGUCGUGCGCUCCGUCUACCUGCCGAUCGGCAAGGGCGUCGAGGUCCUGCACGUCGGCGUCGGCAAGGGGCCCAGCCUGCAGAACCACCGUGACCGCCGGAGCACCAGCCGGUGGAUCCGCCACGUCGACCACGACACCGGCGAGGAGCACGUCUUCCGGCGGCAGUGAUCAGUCGUCGUCUGUUAUUCCGUCCAGGUGAAUUAAAUCGGAUGUACCACGGGGAGGGUAGUUAAUUAGGUGUAGCGUGUGUUGUCCAGAUUCGUUGAAUCUGCCCGUUAAUACCAUGAUGAUGUAUAAUCAUCGGAUGGGUGGAAAGUGUGACGAAUCACGAACAAUGUAAAUACCUCAAACUUGUAGCUCCUCAUAUCUCUUCCUUCUACCUACUGUGAAAGCUUUCUUUUGAGUUGAUCUGCUAGUUCA